CGCGCCGCGGGCUCUGGCGGGCUUUCGGCUCCAGGGGCAAGGUGAAGAGCGCACAGGGAGCUGGGGGCUGCCGAGGUGGACUUGCAUGUUGCACCAUGCCUUCUUGGAUUCGGGCUGUGAUUCUUCCUCUCUCCGGGCUGCUUCUGUCCCUCCCGGCCGCGGCGGACGUGAAGGCUCGGAGCUGCAGCGAGGUCCGCCAGGCUUACGGUGCCAAGGGAUUCAGCCUAGCGGACAUCCCCUACCAGGAGAUCGCAGGGGAGCACCUCCGCAUCUGUCCUCAGGAAUACACGUGCUGUACCACAGAAAUGGAAGACAAGUUAAGCCAACAGAGCAAACUCGAGUUUGAGAACCUUGUGGAAGAGACGAGUCAUUUUGUGCGUACUACGUUUGUGUCAAGGCACAAGAAAUUUGAUGAAUUUUUCCGGGAGCUGCUGGAGAAUGCAGAGAAGUCCCUAAAUGACAUGUUUGUCCGGACCUACGGCAUGCUGUACAUGCAGAAUUCGGAGGUAUUUCAGGACCUCUUCACUGAGCUGAAAAGAUACUACACAGGGGGUAACGUCAACCUGGAAGAGAUGCUCAAUGACUUCUGGGCUCGGCUCCUGGAGCGGAUGUUCCAGCUGAUAAACCCCCAAUAUCACUUCAGCGAGGACUACCUGGAAUGCGUGAGCAAGUAUACCGACCAGCUGAAGCCCUUUGGAGAUGUGCCACGGAAACUCAAGAUCCAGGUCACGCGUGCUUUCAUUGCGGCUCGCACCUUCGUCCAGGGCCUGACAGUGGGCAGAGAAGUUGCCAACCGAGUUUCCAAGGUGAGCCCCACCCCCGGGUGCAUCCGGGCUCUCAUGAAGAUGCUGUACUGCCCAUACUGCCGAGGCUUGCCUACCGUGAGACCUUGCAACAACUACUGUCUCAACGUCAUGAAGGGCUGUCUAGCCAACCAGGCGGAUCUGGACACUGAGUGGAAUCUCUUCAUAGAUGCAAUGCUCUUGGUGGCAGAGCGACUGGAAGGACCAUUCAACAUCGAAUCAGUCAUGGAUCCUAUAGAUGUGAAGAUCUCUGAAGCUAUUAUGAACAUGCAGGAAAACAGCAUGCAGGUGUCGGCAAAGGUCUUCCAGGGCUGCGGCCAGCCCAAACCUGCCCCGGCUCUCAGGUCUGCUCGCUCAGCCCCAGAAAAUUUUAACCCACGAUUUCGGCCCUACAACCCCGAGGAACGACCCACCACGGCCGCAGGCACGAGCUUGGACCGGCUGGUCACAGACAUCAAGGAAAAACUGAAGCUCUCUAAAAAGGUCUGGUCGACGUUGCCCUACACCAUCUGCAAAGACGAGAGCGUGACAGCGGGCACAUCCAACGAGGAGGAGUGCUGGAACGGGCACAGCAAAGCCAGAUACCUGCCUGAGAUCAUGAACGAUGGGCUGACCAACCAAAUCAACAAUCCUGAGGUGGAGGUGGACAUCACCCGGCCCGACACCUUCAUCAGACAGCAGAUCAUGGCUCUCCGCGUGAUGACCAACAAACUGAAGAAUGCUUACAAUGGCAAUGAUGUCAACUUCCAAGACACAAGUGAUGAAUCCAGUGGCUCAGGCAGUGGCAGCGGGUGCAUGGAUGACGUGUGUCCCACAGAGUUCGAGUUUGUCACCACCGAGGCCCCUGCAGUAGACCCGGACCGGAGAGAGGAGGAAUCUUCGGCGGCGGCUGCGCAGGGCAGCUACUCCCUUCUUUCCUGGUCUCUGGUCUGCAUGGUCCUCGCCCUGCAGAGACUAUACAGAUAAUCGCCGGCUUUGGUCAAAUGAAACUGCAUUUUAGCUCUUCAGUGGCCAACUCUUUUCUUACACUCUUGGACAACGGACCAUGCCACAAAAACUCGCCGUUUUCUAUGACCAGAGAGCAGUGUUGCAACCUGCCUCCGUUUUUUGUUUUCCCAAAGAGCACCGGGUGCCGGAGGAUCGGCUUCUUUCCUUCAGCUCUCUCUGGGGACCUUGUUUAUUCCAGAGAGAAUUCUUACUCAAAUCUUUCGUACCAACAGAUUUUUUUUCUUACCGUCAUUUGCUUUUAUGCUGCAAAAUUAAAGGGAUUUCACGUUGUGAGGGUUCUUUUUUUCCUAGCACCCCACUUAAAAUAAAAUAAGAUAGGAAGAAAAUAAUUUUCCUUUUCAAAUCAGGCCAAACCCCAAGACAACUGCCUUUUCAACAAGGAAGCAAAUAAAGGAAACUCUCAUGCUAUCGGCUUGGCGAUGACAGCCAGCUCCUGGGGCGAGCUUUUCUGUGACAAGCCAAGUUUACAAAAUGCUUAUGAGGAGGAAGCGUAACAUUUUUUUAGUGUAGUGAAAACACGCUGUUGUCUUGGAGAUAUUGUCUUGCACUCUGCCCAAAAUGAUUUGGAGGUACUAAUAGUAAAUUUAGGAUUCUGUCUUUAUAUGAGCAGUAAUCUUACAGCAACUCAAUGCCUCUCUUUCACCUGCCUGAUGCCACAUUCAUUGAUGGCGGUAUUUUCUCACUCUCCUGACACCUGUCCAUUGUACCCAAUUGGCACCAGUUGUCCUCGGUUCUUCACGAUGCCCCUGUCAAGUCUCAUUCCUCCUGGGUCUUGACUAAAAAAAAAAAAAAAAAA